AUGUGUGGAAUAUUUUGCUAUAUUAGCGCGGCAGAAAAUAGCCUUUCCGAUGGCGAAGAAAUCUUUCAGACAUGUUGUCCGUUGCUUUCCUCACGGGGUCCCGACGAAAGUGGGCGGCUCGUGUACGACUCGCGCGUGUUGCUGUACGGCUCGGUCCUGUGGCACCAAGGAGCAAAGCUGUGCAAACAGCCCCUCGAGACCGAUCGAACUGUUUUGCUGUUCAAUGGGGACAUUUUCCAGCCACGCGAUGAUGAGGAAGAAAGCGACACUCAGUGGUUGCUGAGACGGAUCGAAACGUGCUCGGAGGAGGAUGAUUUGAGACAACUGUUCCGGGAAAUGCGAGGACCGUUCAGCGUGAUUUUCUUUCGAAAAGAAGAGCGAAGGGUGUACUUUGCUCGCGACAGUAUGGGCCGGAAUUCGUUGCUAGUUGGUCGCAGUAAGCGGGCAGAUGGAGGGUUGUUUAUCACAAGCGUUAGCGGUAACAUUCCGUCCAACGAUGUUUGUGAGCUGCCACCAGCGGGUCUUUACUUUGUGGACUUGGGCGCACCGUUUAUGACAGGGUUGCAUCCCUGGGUCGAGACAGAUGGGACACACACAUUGUUCGGUUCCAUAGUGACUGCAAGCAAACCUAAGCGGGAUCGCGCCCCAUCUACAGAAAAGGCACAUCAAGUAGGCCAUUGCCACCAAGUUCAGGCCUACUUUAACUUCCGAGAACUUACGCACGGCAAAGAACUCCCGGUGGAAGAAGCAUAUGAGCAUCUUUUGAAAUCACCAGAAGUGGACAGAGUUUGCGAAACGCUUCUAGCCACGCUCCGUGAGUCGGUCAAAGAGCGCGUCGUUCGAACCACAAAGUACUGCAAAAACUGCCUCAAAACUAUGAUGCCACCGCAAUGUACGCAUCCGAAAGUCGGCGUAUUGUUUUCCGGUGGAAUCGAUUGCACCGUGCUGGCACUGCUGGCAGACGAGUACGUACCGGCCGACUGUCCGAUAGAUUUGCUUAAUGUGGCCUUCGAAAAAGUGACCCGUGAUAGGAACAAGCAAUCGCAACCCGUCGAUUGGAAUGUACCGGACAGAUUGACGGGGCAUAGCUCACUGCGCGAACUGCAGCAGCUCCGACCGAAUCGAGUUUGGAACUUCGUUGGGAUUAAUGUGUCCCGGGCAGAACUGAACGCUCGCCAGAAAACCAUUUCGAAUCUGGUGUACCCGUUACAAACCGUUCUGGAUGAGUCACUGGGAGCGGCACUGUGGUUCGCUUCAAGAGGUGCUGGCCAAGUGCAUGGCAUACCGUACACUAGUCCUUGUCGAGUACUUUUGUUAGGUUCCGGAGCGGACGAGCUAUUCGGAGGAUACACUCGGCACCGAACGGCGUUCGAGCGCAGUUUCAGGGAACGCCAAAAGCUGGGUGAUACAGAAACGGAGGCAAUCGACUGGGCUUACGGGGCACUGGAAGCGGAACUGCAGCUAGACUGGGAACGGUUGCCAAGCCGCAACUUGGCUCGUGAUGAUCGUGUAAUUGGAGACAACGGCGUGACUCCGCGAACACCCUACUUGCAGGAGGAUUUCGUCGCUUCGGUACAGUCAUUGCGAGUGAACCAAAAGUGCUACUACCCACUCGGCGUUGGUAUUGGCGAUAAGCUGAUCCUCCGGUUGUGUGCCUACAAGCUAGGAUUGUCUGAGGUUUGCGUGUUAAAAAAGCGUGCACUGCAAUUCGGCUCCCGGAUAGCCGAUCGUCGGCAGAAUGCUGCAGAUUUAUCGAUGUUUCUCGAAAACCCUUCAAACCUUUGACUCCGUGUAGAUUUUAUUCAGUGCAAAAGAUGUUUAUCGAUUUACAUGUUAUGACUAAAACGAUACAGGAACGUAAUCCUUACAGGUGUAACAUAAAACGGAUUAAUAAAAAUGCCAAAAAU